CCCCAUUUCCUAAAGGGUGGAAUAUCUACAUAGUUUAUCUGGAAUUUUUUCUGCAAGGGAGAUUUGCGUUUUUACCCCCAUGUACUAGAUAAAGAAUUUGUCUGCAAUGCAGGAGACACCAGAGACAUAGGUUCAGUCCCUGGGUUAGGAAGAUCCCCUGGAGGAGGAAAUGGCAACCUACUCUAGUACUCUUGCCUGGAAAAUCCCAUGGACAGAGGAGCCUGGCAGACUACAGUCCAUAGGGUCGCAAAGAGUCAGACACAAUUGAACAUGCACACAUUCUUUCUUCCUUCUGCCCAUGUAUUACUUUACUCAAUCUAUUUUUUAUACUUUGGUUAACAAGCUUGUGCUACUUUAUUUUGUUGCUCAGAUUGUCCCGGUUCUGGCCAUUGGGAGCUCUUUCUCGUUUCCCAGUGCCCCCUUUAACAUACUUUCAUCAGUGGGGAUAGUUUUUUUUUUUUUUAAGGGUGUCCUUUUCUUCUUUCAUUUUUAAAUAACCCCAAUCCCCAUAGAAGUUGACUCUAGGAAAACUAACAAUGCUCCCUUUCCCAGGUAAUCGGAUUCCUGUGCUGAUGGAGAAAAUUGCCUUACCUGCAGGGGGCUGAGGGGGAGGCAUCAGGGAAUCAACGGUUGAAUAAGACACCUGUCCCAGCCCUCCUGAAGCUUAGCUGAGUAGGUCACACACGUAGUAAUUGGUUAAUUUGGGAUUCAAGCACAAAUCUGUUAGCUUGAAAACUUCUGUUAUUUGUUCUGGUUUAGACUGCAUACAACUGAGAAGACUUAGAGGAUAAAACUUUAAAAAGACUAGUAAGAAAGCUGUUUUCAAAAUUUUAUCCUGAAGAAACUAACUCCUUUAAGCUAUUUUUGGUUAUAUUAGCCGACUUCUGAUUUCUUGCUGAAAAUUGUCAUUUUUCAAAUUCUAAUAGAAGAUUUACUGUCUAUCAGUAACACUCAGUGGCAUAGUACAAUACUUUCAUUCUGCAUUUUUAUUAGAUGCCUCCUCAAAUUUUUGAAGGUGAGGGGGGUAUUAAAUUAUGAAUAUAUACUGUUGCUUGGUAUUUUACCAUAAUGCACAUUAAAUUAUGUUGCAUUGAGCACUGCUACUUUAUUCUCUGGGCUGAUUUAAAUGAUGCCAAUCUAAAAAUCAUGUUACUCCCAGGGAUGGCAAGUGACUGAAACAGAGCAUCUCUGUCAUCUCGUUUCUCCAGUGUGAGUAGGGAAUGAUGACCUGGUGAUUUAGUUAAAGACACCAAAACUUCUGCCCUCUUUUGCCUCAUUUAAGUUUCAAGAUUAUCAUUUAUUAUUACAGUAAAAAGUGCUUAAUGUUGGUUCUUGUUUUAAAGAAGAGAAAGACUGAGUCUCAGACUGGGUGUAUCCUUUGAAAUUGUCAAGCCAUUUUGGUAAAAGAUAUUUCAAACUGGGUUUGUACUAAUUGGUACAAUUUAGUUGGUCAUGGCCAUUAAAAAAAAAUCAAUGAUCACCUGUUUUAUGAAACUUACCACAGUUGUAUAAGUCUGUAUGCAAGAUCAUGGUAUAAAAUAUAUUUCAUACUGAGGUUAAAUGUUCAAAGAAGUUGAGAAUCACUGCUGGAAGGGGACUUCUCUCUAGCCCUUCUGCUUUCCCUCCACCCAUAACUUCCACAACUUCAUGGCAGGAUAUUUCAGUCUUCUGAAAACUGGAGUCAUGGAGAACAUUUUGGGAAGCUGAGAUAGGAGGUAGUAGGGACAAGGCAACACUCUCACACUUCACUCUUGAGCUGGGGAGUGUAGUUAGAACAUUAAAAAUAUUUCAACUCCUUAUUUCAGCUCUUAUGGAGGACAGAACCCACCAAUGAAAAUGGGUGACUAACCAUGAAACAAAAACAUUUAUUGUUACACAUUCUUUUAUAGGUAAACACCGUAUACAUUUCAGUGUCUUCUCCCGCUUAUUGCUUAUUUUUAAUCCUUCAAGAGACAGGUUUGAAUAUGGAUGUGGCCUUAGAUUGUUGGGUACAUAUCUUCCUACACCCCCCCGCCCCUGCUUUUUCAUUUGAGGUUUUCAAAGCGCGUUAACAGAGUGUAUGCAACUCCAGGCCCCAUUGGCCGGCUGAUCUUGAGUGAAGCGCCUUCCAUGUUGGCGGGUGGGUGCAAGGAGGAGACUGAAGGCUCUUGUGUCGGGUAAUGCUCCAAGGACCCUCAUCACUGCACUGCGUUUGGAGGAGGGAAGGGCGCUCUGGCGAGAAAGGCUCUGAAGAGGGGCGGCAGAGUCCAUCACACAAGGACCCAGAAACUUCAAUAAAAGGCAAAGUGCAUCUUUGCCGGACGGUGUAGGAAAGGACAAAUCGGCGUAAAAGACCACCAUCUACAAGGGGGACCUCGAGCGUCUCCGCUUCUUGGAACACUCAACACAGGCUUCCAGCCCGGAGCCAGGUGGAGCGGCCGCUGCCUCCCCGGCAUCUGCAGAACCUGCUCCUCCAUGAACUUGCCUAGAGCUGAGCGCCUUCGCCCCACACCUCCGCGCCGUUUCCGGGGCUCCGAUGGGGAAGACGGUGAGAUCGAUAUCUUGGGAGAAGGGGAAGAUGAAGAGGAGGAGGAAGAUGAGGAACCCGAGGGAAGUCAGCGGUUCCCAGAGCCUCUGCACCAGCCGCAGCCGCAGGAGGCGCGGCGGGUCGCUGGCGCGCUUCCCGGAGAGCGCACCGAGAGCAGCGGCGGCCCAAGCAACUCUUCCGAAUUCUGCCCCAAGUUCGGGGUUUCGACGGAGUCUGCAGCAGCCUCUCGGGACGCCCCGCAGCCGACGAAGCCCCCCUACUCUUACAUCGCGCUCAUCACCAUGGCCAUUCUGCAGAGCCCGCACAAGCGCCUCACGCUCAGCGGCAUCUGUGCCUUCAUCAGUGGCCGCUUCCCUUACUACCGCCGCAAGUUCCCCGCCUGGCAGAAUAGCAUCCGCCACAACCUCUCCCUCAAUGACUGCUUCGUCAAGAUCCCCCGCGAGCCAGGACACCCGGGCAAGGGCAACUACUGGAGCCUGGACCCCGCCUCCCAGGACAUGUUCGACAACGGCAGCUUCCUUCGGCGCAGGAAGCGCUUCAAGCGCCACCACCCACCUCCCGGAGCCCACCUGCACCACCCCUUCCCCCUGCCCGCUGCGCCCGCUGCCCUGCACGGCCCCUACCCGGGCAUGCUGCUCGGGCCCGCGGCCCCGCCACAGCCUGUCACUGGAGCCUAUCCCGCCUCCACCCCCGGGAGCCGCCCGUGCGCGCUGCUUCAUCCUCACCCACUCCGCUACCUGCUGCUCUCCGCCCCGGCCUACGCUGAGGUUCCCAGGAAAGAGCAAGCCGCGGAUCUGGGGACCCCCGGCGCCCUUCCGGCGCUGCAGCCCACGUUAGACUCCCAGCCUUGGGAAGACAGCAAGGGGCCGGCGUCGCGGCCAUCUGGCGGAUGCACCUCCUUCAGCAUCGAGAGUAUCAUGCAAGGGGUCCCGGGAGCGGGUGCAGGCGCCGCGCAGAGUCUGCCCUCGACCCCGUGGGGUUACUGCCACCUGCUGCAGCGUUCGUCGUGCCUGUUGCAUCCUCAGGCCGCUGCCCCCUUGCUCCACGUAUCCGCUGCCGCCGCCGCAUCCGCUGCCCGGACAAUUUUGAAGCAGCAGCAGCAGCAGCAGCAGCAGCAGGAUUGUACCAGCGGCUGCGCUCCCAGCAAGGGCGCUCUGCUGGGCCGUCACCUGUCCGCCACCGCGGCGCUGCUGGGGUGUCAGUCCGGAGCAGAGGGCUCUAGGCUGACGUCGCUGGUCGCCCUUUCGGGCGGAGAGGGGACCUCACCGGUCUUUCGAAUAGCACCCACACCUGUCCCGGAGCUGACUCAGUGAGGCGGACGGGGAGCCAACCCGGAGGGCGGAGCCAUCCGAGGUCGUCCUGUCCUCGCCAUGGCGCACUUCACUUUGCACAGCCGGGAGUAGGCUUGUGUGUAUCAGAAUCCUGCAGCCGGGCAACCACAAAUUUCGGUUCGCAUGGCGUCAGCGUCACCUCGCCAUUUCUUUUGCAGCCUCCAGUCCUGAUUUCCAAGGCUUUUCCGAUUUGCACAUUUCCAGAGGAACUAUGAACGUGAGUGGGGCGUUUUGUUCUGGUGUUAAAAGCAGAAAGUAAAUCGUCCAAUGCACUACAUGUUUCCCCCGUCUUCACUCCCUAGGAACUGCAAGUAUCAUUCCCAAGUCCAGUGCAGAAUGCUUGUGCCCUUUAUGUCUUCCUGUAAUUGAUGUGUAAUGAGUAGAAUUUUAAUUUCAGAGGAUUUAUUUCCUAUCAGUGUGUCUAAUGUGCCAUCUUCCGUGGAACAGUAUUAAAAUUAAACCUAACUGUACGGACUAAAUAAAGUGCUGAA